AUAGCUUACCCAGGAAUCGAACCUGGCCGGUGGCAUUUCUUCCUCGCACCGUCGCCAGGAGCCCUCGACGUCCGGCGAACUCCAUUCUUCUUCUCCUUGACGAGAAUCAAAACACAGAAAAGGAGCUCCUUGAACUUCUCGAAUUUCUCACCGGUGACCGCCUUUGUCAUGAUAUCUGCUGGCUGAUCAUUGGUGUUGAUAAAUUCCAUCACGAUUAAUCCUUCGUUGACGAGGUCUCGGAUGAAAUGAUGACGCAACUCGAUAUGCUUCGAUCUUGCGUGAAAUACUGGAUUCUUUGUCAUGGCUAUGGCUGACAUGUUGUCACAAUGAAUAAUGGUUGGACCAUUUUCACUUUGCUGUAAAUCAGAAAUUAAUCUUUUUAGCCAUACCGCUUCGCAUGCUGCAUCUGUAGCUGCGAUAUAUUCUGCUUCCGCUGAAGAUAGAGCAACAGUCUUUUGCUUCUUUGAACUCCAUGAAAUGGGUUUUGAACCCAGGCAGAAUAUGUACCCCGAUGUGCUUUUUCGAUCAUCUAGUGAUCCUGCCCAGUCACUAUCGGUAUAUUCAGUCAGCUUGCUUUCUGCUUCUUUCUUGUACAUC